UUCGUAUUAAAACUAAAAAACACCAAGUUAAUUAGAUACAAUAUGUCAGUAUAAUAUGUACUAAACAUAAUUUAAAGUGUAAAAAUAUAUAAAUAAUAAGAAAAGUGUGCAAACAACAUAGAAAAACUAAAUAUGAAAAGAACGCACUGGGGGACGCACAUAUGUGUGUGAUGGAAUUUGUCUUAUCAAAACAUAAUUUCUUACAAUAAUUUUCUUUCUGAAAUUAAAUUAUAAUAAGCAACAAACACCAGAGCGCUUGAAGUACUAUCGUUCAUGAAAAGUAUGCUAUUGAAAUGGACAAAAAUUAGAAGUAUAUUAAAUUUGUGAUUUUGUUCGAAAGUUGCCACAAUGGUGUUCACUUUCUCGCACCCUAUGAAUGAGAGUGUGUGUGUGUGAUAGCGUAGAGACUUGUUGCAUUCGUUCUGUCGCCGAUGUUGAAGAAAUGUGUGUGUUCGGUUCAUUGAAUACGCGAAGUUCAGUUAUGUAUGCUUGUGCGCCUCAAGAUCGGUUUGUUUCUAGUAUAAAUUUUCAGAAUGUGUGUGGUAUAUAGUUUACUGCUUCUAGGCGUUGCUGACGUAUUCAUUUUUUCGUAGUUAGCCCAAUUUUUAAUGUACACAGUGCCUAAAAAUUGAUUAAGAAAUAGAACACUUAUAUUAAAUUAAGAAUGACUAUUCCAAUGAUUUAAUAAAUCCGUUCCUUCAGGAAAAUCAUCAAAGUGUGUCGAUUUGGUACGAAUUUGUACUUACAUAAAUGUCUAUGUUAAUGCACUACUUAUCGUUUUGAAACAAAAAAAUUGUAAUAUACAUAAAUAUGGGGGAUUCCAAUAAAAAAUCAAGCCCUAAGGUCAAAGUACCUGUGAACCAAACAAGUCCAAACAACACUGUAAAAAUCUUGAAUGAUCGCGCCUCAAAACGUUCGAAACCAACCAGUACGGAAUCUAGUCCACCGUUAAAGCAUGUGAAGCUUUCUAUUGGAAAAAGUAAAAUUACUGUUGAAAGUAAUGAUGACAUGGACCACUAUGUAUUGAAAACCAUAAAAGACGAGGCCAGUUUGGAGGGUGGGGAAACAAUAGCUUUUGUAUUAAAUGAGGAGCCAAAAGAUGUUACGAGCGCUGCUGGAGAAGUAGCUGAGGAGCUCCAAAUUAGCGAGGAGGAAGCCGAUGAUACUGAUGGGAAAACUGAUGUAAUGGAACAUGUUUGCGGCAAGUGCUACAAAACUUUUAGACGAUUCAGUGGUCUCAAAAAUCAUAUGGAAUUUUGUCGUUACGAUAGUGGUUAUCAUUUGCGCAAAAAUGAAAUGCUAAAAAAUCUUGAUAAAAUCGAAAAAGAUGCUAUUACUAUGGAGAAAAAAGAUGUCUGCUUUUGUUGUGGCGAAAGUUAUGACACAUUCCAUUUGGGGCACAUUAAUUGCCCUGAUUGUCCAAAGUCCUUCAAAUCGCAAAUGAGCUAUGAACGCCACAUUUUCAUUACACACUCCGAAUUCGACACCUACCCAUGUUCAAUUUGUAAUGCAAAACUGCGCAGCGAUAAUUUAUUAAAACUCCACGAAGAGCAGCAUAAAAAUCGAGGAAAACCGUUUGCAUGUAAAAUAUGUGGAAAAGACUUUACUCGCGCGUACCACCUUAAACGGCAUCAGAAGUAUUCAUCUUGUUCAGCGACUGGAAAUGACUCCAUGAAGUGUAAAGUCUGCGAUAAGGCUUUCUUUCGGUUGGAUAAUCUUCGUGCUCAUCUAAGGCAGCAUUUGGGUACACACGUUACCAAGAAGCCUGAAUAUAGAUGCCCACAAUGUAAAAAUUGUUUUUACAGCUUAUCUACUUUAAACAUUCACACUCGGACGCAUACUGGAGAGCGGCCUUUCGAUUGCGAUUUAUGUGAGAAGAAAUUCCCCACUUUAAUUGCUCUGAAAAAACAUCGCCGCUACCACACUGGUGAAAAACCUUACACAUGUUCUGUGUGUAAUCAAUCGUUUGCUGUUAAGGAGGUGUUAAACCGGCACAUGAAGCGGCACACGGGUGAAAGACCACAUACCUGCCCGGAUUGUAAUAAAAGCUUUAUUCAGGCAUCACAGUUGCGAAGUCAUGCACGAACGCAUAUUUUACCGUUCGAAUGCUCAGAGUGCGAUCAGAAAUUCAAGACGCAAAAACACCUCGACAAGCACAAAAAGACUCACAUCAAGAAAUGUUACGAGUGCAAUAAUACUUUUACCGAUCAGUCUCAACUGGAGGAUCAUAUGGCAAAUUUCGUGCAUAAAACUAAGAAAGCAGUUACGCGUAAAUCCACGAGACGCAGUCGUACUAAUUGCAAUGUCUGCGAUCAAGACUUCAGUACCGUGAAAAAUUUACAAUUCCACAUCCUCAAAGUGCAUGAGAUGGAUCCCGAAGAUUUCGUUAAUGAAAAACCGAAAGAAAACGAAACAAUUAAAACUAGUGAAAACGUUUACAAAAUCGAAGGAGGAACAUCAAAUGAAAUCCAGAUCCUUAGUGAAACAGAGGGUAAUGCAGCCAUUAUGGCCGCUGGCAGUAUGAACAGCAAAGAAAUUUACAACAACAACGAAGGCAGUAAAGGUGGUUUGGUUGUGAAAGAGUUCAUCGUGAAUGAUGUACCUGCCGCUGAAGAAACAGAAAUGGUCCUCCACGACGAAGCUUACACAGUUAUACCACUAGACGGAGAUGGUCCCAUAGAAACAGUGACCGCUGUCACUAUGAGUCCUAUUAACAUAUCGGCAGAAGUUAAAAAAGAACGACGCAAAUCAUUAGCUGAAUCACUGGCGGUGGCUAUUGGUACAGACACCGUUACAUUGAAAGAGCCAAUACAAUUGAAUGAAGAAGAUAUGAAACUGAAGGAGAAUGUCCGCAAAUUACUGGAUAUGUUGGUCGAUAACAAAACUUUAAAAAAAUUCGGCUGGCCAACCAACAGCGAAGAGAAUGUUUUAUGCCGUGUCAUUGAAAAUUGCGGAUAUAACUUAACAAAAGAUGCAGAAACAUAUCGAGAAUGUGAUUACGCGACGAGAAUGCGUGAAUAUGUUAAACUAUUAUUUACCGUAGUGAUUCAUAAUGACUCCAUAAAGGAGUUGUUAAAUAAUUAUCCCAUCGAUGAGGUAGUUGAGUACGUGCUGGGUAACGAUGACGACGAGGACGAUGAUGGUGAUAACGAUAAAGAUGAUGACAAUAGUAAUAUGAAAAAUUAGCAGAAAAUUUAUUGCUACAGAGAUCGUUGCCUUUGUUUAUAUUGAACAUAUAGAAACAAAACUUAUGAUAGUGAAGUUGCCUUUUGACGUCUAACAUUUUCAAUAUACAUAUAUAUAAUGUUAUGUACAAAUUUAAGUACACGUAUACAAACUUCUUUACUAUGAAUAGAUUUAUACCAGCAUCAAAUAUAGUGUGUACUAUGAAUGAAUUUUUUAUCACUGAUAUGAAGUUUGGUUAGUUGUGGACACUCGGUUUUGCCGAAAUGAAUUACAUUUAAUUUUUGUAAAAUAUUUUUCCAAGCAAUAAAUAACAAUCGAAUUGAAGUUAUGAAAUAACAAACCUAAU